GGUGACAAAUAAAUAAGUGUCAAUGUCAAAGUAGUCACAAAAGAUCUGGGAGGAGGAGCAGUGCUUCACCGAGCGGAAUAAACAAUCGAUUUUACAGCCCUGUUUAAUAUCAAAUUGUAAAAUAUGCAGAAGUACGAAAAACUAGAAAAGAUCGGAGAGGGAACUUAUGGCACUGUAUUCAAAGCCAAGAACAAAGAAACUCAUGAAAUAGUGGCUCUAAAGCGGGUGAGGUUAGAUGAUGAUGAUGAAGGAGUACCAUCGUCCGCUUUGCGUGAAAUAUGUCUCCUCAAAGAGUUGAAACACAAGAAUAUUGUUCGGCUGUACGAUGUCUUACAUAGCGAAAAGAAAUUGACCCUUGUGUUUGAGCAUUGCGAUCAAGAUUUGAAGAAAUAUUUCGACAGCUUGAACGGUGAGAUAGACUUGGACGUCGUCAAGUCGUUUAUGUAUCAGUUGCUCCGGGGGCUUGCGUUCUGUCACAGCCACAACGUACUGCACCGGGAUUUAAAGCCUCAGAAUUUGUUGAUUAAUAAAAAUGGGGAGUUGAAAUUGGCUGACUUCGGUUUGGCUAGAGCUUUCGGUAUUCCUGUAAAGUGUUACUCCGCGGAGGUAGUGACGCUCUGGUACCGGCCCCCGGAUGUGUUGUUUGGCGCAAAACUCUAUACUACGAGCAUUGAUAUGUGGUCAGCUGGCUGCAUAUUUGCUGAGUUAGCAAAUUCAGGAAGGCCCUUGUUCCCUGGCUCUGAUGUCGAUGAUCAGUUGAAAAGGAUUUUCAAACUUCUUGGUACUCCUAAUGAAGACACAUGGCCUGGUGUAACUCAGCUGCCCGACUACAAGCCACUGCCAGUUUAUCAGCCAAGCUUAGGACUAGCACAAGUAGUGCCCCGCCUACCAGCUCGAGGCAGGGACCUCCUUGCUCGUCUCCUCACCUGUAACCCAGCCCUGAGGAUGCCUGCCGACGAUGCCAUGGCUCACGCAUACUUUCACGACCUUAAUCCGUCUGUGAAGAAUGACAGAUGUUAACAAUCAAUACGUCCUUACCGCUGCACCUCAGAACUCUUGGUUAGUGAUAAAAACAAUGAUGAGGUGCACGAGUGUUGUGACGAAGAGACUUAAAUAGACUGUAAGGAAUGUCAUUUUAGUGGAGCCAGUGAGUUUAUAAUAGUCAGUGUGUUUUUGCAUUUACCCUUAAUAUUGUUAUUCUGUUUUUUUUUUAUUUGUUUUACAUCAUAGUAUGCAAAUAGUGUUUAAGUAUGACAUAUUUAAUAGACAAAGAGUCAGUUCUUCUAAGUUAUUGCAGUUGUAUACAGAUAAAUCUAUUCUUGGAAUAAGGGGGAUCCCCUUGCAAUUAAAAUAAAGUUAUAACAAUUUUAUGUUA